GUUGGAAGAAAAUUGUUUCAGAAACUCGAGAUGUCGGCUAGAGAAAUAUAUGAGCCUACGGUAGAUGCGGAGAAUGCGAUGUAUGGACCUUUCUUUGGUACACUUGGAGUAUCCGCUGCAAUGAUGUUCACGGCAGCCGGAUCAGCCUGUGGUACUGCGAAAUCAGGAACAGGCAUUGCUUCCAUGGCUGUUACACGUCCUGACCUUGUUAUGAAAGCUAUCAUACCUGUUGUAAUGGCAGGUAUUGUUGCAAUUUAUGGAUUGGUGGUUGCUGUAAUAUAUGCCGGUCGUGUAACAUCAUCCGCUGAUGGCUUUAAAAUUGAUCAGGGAUUCAGUAUGUUUGCUGGAGGUCUGGUAUGUGGUUUAUGUGGCUGGGGAGCUGGUUACGCAAUUGGAAUUACAGGUGAUGCUGGUGUUCGGGCAUUCUCACAACAGCCGCGUUUCUUUAUAGGAAUGAUCUUGAUUCUUAUCUUCGCUGAAGUGCUCGGUCUGUAUGGUAUGAUUGUUGCACUGAUCUUAGGAGCAACAUAAUUUACAUGCAAUUUUUGGACAAAUAUCAGACCACAAGUAGAUCUUAGUUUUACAUUUUGACUGGAAACCUAGAAGAAAAAAGCUAUAGGCUGAUGUAUUUUACAUAGAUUAAGUACUUGAAAUUAUUUGACGAAUCCUCAGUCAUUUGCAAUGUUAUUAUGGAAUGUUGACUUCGACCGUAAUUUAGUUGAUUUUUUGUUAAUGUAAAAGUAUUGAACAUAUGGGCUUAUGUGAGUAGAUUGC